UGCUGGAUAACAUAUUCACACUUAAUGACUUACUUCUACUGUAGCCUACUUGGGAUCGCACUACAGCACCAUGGACAUCAGCACUGCAAUUUUAAUAAUUGGCUUUGCUGCAGUGAUUGCAGCCUUCUUCCUUCUGGUAAUUGGUCUAAUGUACUCUGAGAUGAUGAAUUCAGACAUUCCUCAAGGGGUUGCAAAUCGAGGGAAACUGCAUGUAGUUCAUGGCUUGUUUGUUGGCAUAUCAAUUGUGGGCCGUAUCCUGGACCGUCUGGGUCUGUGUCAUCAGGUCAGGUUCACCAGGUGGUUCAGAAGACGGUUCCUGGUCCGUAUAAGACCAGUUCCCCCAGGCCUACGUGUGAAAGACCUGACCUUCUCUGAGGUGCCAGUCAGAGUGUAUGAGCCCACGACUGGUUCACUGGGCCUGAGGAGGGGACUGGUGUAUUUCCAUGGAGGAGGAUGGGUGUUGGGCUGUUUGGACACUGCAGAUGACAUCUGCAGGCACAUUGCCAAGGAGGCUGAAACCACUGUGAUAUCUGUUGGAUAUCGGCUUGCCCCUGAACAUCGGUACCCCACUCAGCUGGAUGACUGUGACGCUGCAACAUGCCACUUCCUGUCUGUGGCAGAGGCAGAGUUCGGGGUGGACCCAGGCAGAGUGGCAGUCGGGGGUGAUAGUGCUGGGGGAAACCUGGCAGCUGCACUAUGCCAACGUCUGGCCAAGAGAAAAGAUGGACAUCUGCUGUCUCCCUGUGCCCAGGUCCUCAUUUACCCAGCUCUGCAGAUGGCAGAUUUCAACCUGCCCUCAUACCAGCAGAAUCAUGCUGUGCCCAUAUUGUUCCGUGGCCGGGUGGCAUUCUACUUCCUGCAGUAUCUCAACGGGGACACGUCAGUGUGCCAGGACCUGCUGGAGGGGAACCAUAUCCCUGCUGAGAUGAGGCUAGCCUUCAAGGAGUGGCUCUCCCCAGAACACCUCCCUCCUGAGUGCAAGGUGCGGGGCGAACUCCAGCAGGUACACUCAGCCUUAGACUACAAAGGAGAGGUGUACCACAUAAUCAAAGACGGUUUGGAUCCGGAGGUCUCGCCGCUUCUAGCGGAGGAUGCUGUUAUCCGUCUGACCCCACCGGCCUUUAUCCUGACCUGUGAGUACGACGUGCUGAGGGAUGAUGGGAUCCUGUACAGGAAGAGGCUGUUGGACCUGGGACUGGACGUCACAUGGCAUCAUGUUCCAGACGGCUUCCAUGGACUUGUGGAUUUUUUCAAAAAGGGCUGGCUAACCUUCCCGUCUGCAACACAAGCUAUAAAUAGUAUUGUAAGCUAUGUAAAAACACUUUAAGAAAUGGAUGUUGAAGUUUGAUCCCUCUUUCAUGUUCCUGGCAAGGGAAAGCAAAUAAACACCUACACAGCUUAGUACAUGUUUUACUCUUAUUUUAAUAAAUUAAAGCAUUUGUUUUCAUUUCUACAGAAAAUAUAAUAAUAUUCAUUAUUUUUUAAAUUAAGACAUAUAUACCAUGUAUACAUGGUAUAUGACAUUUUAUAAUACAUUUUAUAAUGCAAUUCUAAAGUAUGCAUGCAAGUCUUAUUAUAAUGCAGGUCCUGUGCCUCCUAUUUGCCUCCGCUACUUCUCCAGUAUUCUGUCUGUCAGUCACAGAAUGUUUGCUGUAUCAUCACAACAGAGCUUCCUCUCCUGUCUGGUGCCUAUAUCACAAUAAGAUCAGGAGGAAUGCACCGUCAUCCGUUCUGUUUGAUCUAACUAUGCUCUGAUAUUAGGACCAAACCAGCUCAUGAUCGAUCAGCUGUAUGUGACACAUCAUGUUCAGUACCAUGUACAGUAUGGGUAAACAGGAAAAUGGACCCAACCUGGCUGGAGAAUGGCGCAGAGGUAUGCAAACAAAGUUCUAAUUGGAAACUGGGUGGAAGAGAAGCUGCAGGUAGAGUUUAUAAUCUAUUACAUAUUACAUUUUCAGAGGAGAUUGUCAUGCCUCAAAGAAGAAAAAAACUUUAGGGACUCAGCAUUCUCCACCCUAGGCAUUAGGAAAUGGAAUUCCCUCCCCACUUCCUUAAUCACUAGUGACAUAGAUCCUCCUCCAUGGAGGUCAAAGUGUGGAUCAAGGAGAAUCAAUCCAGCACACAUUGACUUAUUCUUAUUGCACUCAAGUUUCAAGUGUCCUGUAUAUAUGGUAUUAUUUGUUCUAUUUUGUGUUUCCUGUAAUUGUUUUAAUCUGUUUUGUGCAGGUGGGUCUAAUCCUGAAUGCUGAUUGGUUAAAACCGCAUUCCAGACGGUUGCUAUUCCACAAAUUACCACCAGCGAAAUCUAUGACGUGCACAAUCUGCUGUCUCAUCAGUUUAGCCAAACAAUUUAUAAACUUGACCUCCACUAUAAUAAGCAUCUAGACAUUAUUUCACAUUUCUU